UCCAAAAGCUUCCACCUUCCUGAUACAUCAGCAUGUGUGCCACUGCAUAUUAAAAGGAAAAGGAAGAAAGUUGGAGACAGUCUUACACCUCCAAAUUUAGACAUCGAUCCUUCGGAACUGCAAUCGAGACUAAUCUCCACAGCACCAAAACAAUCCACUCCAAAUCCUCUUGCUUUGAAGUUUAUUCAGAAUACAAAGGCACGGGAAAAAAGAAUAGCACGGGAGCAGCCCGUUCAACUGCAACCAUUGCCUAUCCUCAAGAGGCACCAAGACAAAAAUCAGCCAGAAUAUAUUUUUGCAAAGAAUAGAGAGCAACUGAUAAAAUUAGGAUGGCAGCCAUCAAAGCGGUCACGACAUGAGUCUUUAGAUUUAACCAGCCAGCCUAUCCAACGACUACCAAAACUGUCACCUGAUGUGAAGAAGAAACAGGCUGACCUGGACAUAUGCAUACUGCCAUCUCCACCACCACCGAAACAACCUACCGGUGCUCUGUGCCGGACAAGCUCAUGCAUGAGAAUGAUUUCGCCUCCAGAACUCACGUAUAGCUCAGCGGAAGACGUUAUCCGGGAAAAUGUGCAAGAUCCUUUAAAAAUUAUUUCAAUAAUAAGGAAGAACAAACAUCUGGGAUUUUUAUACAUGAACUAUAGUGCUCCAAAAUAUUCCAUUAAAUAUGACUUUUAUAACUUGAGUGUUGUUGCCUAUGACGAUAUCAACCAGAAUGAUUAUUAUACAAUUAGCCAGAAUGGAGUUCUACAUAUGAAUAAUGAAGACAUCGAUUUCAUAGAACUGGACCGUUGGGAACAAGAAUAUUUGUACCAUAAGCAACUUAUUCAGAUUCCAGUUUUUGCACUUUUUCGGAAAUGGAAAGCUUUUACAGUGUGGCGAAAAAAUGUACGUUCCAAGAAGAUCAACAGCUGUCGCAGAGCGUUGCAAGAUAAUUUGUUCAUAGUGAACUCUUCUUUGAGGCCUGCUCUUCUGAACAUCAGAGACAUGUGUUAUCGCAUUGGCGACAUGGCAUUGUGUGACAUUAAGAAAGGACACACGUACACACUGGAAGAGUUUAAGACAGUUCAAUUUCGACAACUUGAUGAGGGUGCUGAACGUCUGGCUCAGUUCAGGAAAAUUGCACAACAAACGGUUAAGAUUGCCUGUUGCACAGCCUUACUGGAAGCUGGAUAUAUACCAGAUGACUAUUUGUCUGAGAUGCAGAGUGCAGGCAUUGGUGAGAAUAGUGCUGUGCAUUCUACUAUUGCUACUGAAAUUCUUACGGAGACAUCUGACAAAAUAAAUUACACAGGACAAGCAAACAAGAGGUCUCACUGCAGGAGACUAACCUGCUUCAUCCGCCUUACUGAUUACCUCAUAGUGAACACACUGCAUGUCCUCACAGUGAAUUCCAUCACAAUCUUAUUCAAUCACUUGACAGAGAAGCUGAAGCGCACUCCAGACGAAGAGCUCAUUAGAAUUUGGAGCACAAUGGAGGCUGAAAAGGAAACUGAAUUGGAAAAAAAGUCAUUUGCACAAACUCCCAUACUCAGCGUUGCAACAGUUGAAGAUUUCCAGCAUGAAGAUCUUGAGGAUGAAGAACUUGAGGAUGAAGAACUCCAGACUGAACAAGUGUUUGUACCAAUGUUUCUUGUAGACAUGAUACUAAGUUAUCAAGAUUUGGUAUUCCGUCCUCCCCUUGUUGAAUUUGAG